AUGUAUUCAAAUAAUGGAGCGACUAGCCGUGAAGUAGUCAAUCAUUGGAUCAAUAAGGAAUUUAAUUGUACAUUACGAGCUAAAUAUUUAAUUCUAAUCGGAUCACCGGGUACUGGAAAAACAUCCUUUGCUAAAUCGUUAUCUAGUCAUUAUAAUUAUUUCAAUGGAAAAUGGCGAUUAAAUCUUUGGAAAAAUUUUGCACGUUAUUCUACUUUCGACAAUAUUGGUUGGGAUCCAUUCGAAGAAAAAGAAUAUCCAAAGAAAAAAGAUAUAUCAACACAAGACGAACCUUUUAAUGCAACGGAUGAUAUCGAAAUAGUCUUAGAGAUUGAUUGUACACAACCAGCUAUUGUAUUUUCGAAACCAGGUCCAGCAGAAGAAGCACUAGUACGUCAACCAAUCACAUACGAAGAUCGAUGUGAAGCUACACUUUCGUAA